UGCCUGCCUAACCCUGCCCACAGAGAAGCUCCUUCAGUAUGGGGGGCCCCAAUGGCAAUGAAUCCAGUGCAACGUAUUUCACUCUCAUAGGCCUGCCGGGCUUGGAGGAGGCUCAGUUUUGGUUGGCCUUUCCGCUGUGCUCCCUCUAUGUUAUUGCUGUGCUAGGUAAUUUGACCAUCAUAUACGUUGUACGGACAGAGCACAGCCUACAUGAGCCCAUGUAUAUCUUUCUUUGCAUGCUCUCUGGCCUCGACAUCCUCAUCUCCACCUCAUCCAUGCCCAAAAUGAUGGCCAUCUUCUGGUUCAACUCUACUGCUAUCCAGUUUGAUGCUUGUCUGGUACAGAUGUUUGCCAUCCAUUCCCUGUCUGGCAUGGAGUCCACAGUGCUGCUGGCCAUGGCCUUUGAUCGCUAUGUGGCCAUCUGCCAUCCUCUACGCCAUGCCACUGUGCUCACGUUGCCUCGUGUUGCCAAGAUUGGCAUGGCUGCGGUGGUCCGGGGUGCUGCCUUAAUGGCACCCCUGCCUGUCUUCAUCAAGCGGCUGCCCUUCUGCCACUCUACUAUCCUGUCUCAUUCCUAUUGCCUACACCAAGAUGUCAUGAAACUUGCCUGUGCUGAUAUCCGCGUCAACGUCAUCUAUGGCCUCAUUGUCAUUAUCUCUGCGAUUGGCCUGGACUCCCUUCUCAUCUCCUUCUCCUAUCUGCUUAUCCUUAAGACUGUGCUGGGCUUGACACGUGAGGCCCAGGCAAAGGCAUUUAGCACAUGUGUCUCUCACGUAUGUGCUGUGUUCAUCUUCUACGUGCCUUUCAUCGGGUUGUCGAUGGUGCACCGUUUCAGCAAGAGACGUGACUCUCUCCUGCCUGUCAUUAUGGCCAACAUCUACCUGUUGGUGCCUCCAGUGCUCAACCCCAUCGUGUAUGGAGUGAAGACCAGGGAGAUUCGGCAGCGCAUCCUUCGUCUUUUCCAUGUGCCCACACGUACUUCAGAUCCCUAGGAAUUGGCAAUCACUUCUUUUUCAUUCAAAAUCCUCCAAUUCAGAUUUCGAUAUGGACAUUUUGGAAGACAGUGUUAAGAAAACAAAUCUUCCUUCACUAAAACACAACUCAGAUCCUUCAAAGAUGAAACUGGUUGGGAAAUUUCCUCAUGAAAAGGCAUUGCAGGACCAUAUACCUCAACCCUCCAUUUUGCAAUAUUAUUUUCAUCCAUAUAUUUUUCUCUCUAUGAUUAUGAAGACCCUAAGUUACUUGUUCACAGAGGGCUAUAAUUUUGCAUUUGAUCAUCAAAUCUAAAUCUAAGUUAUUUUCACUGACAGUACAUAGCAUUUUAAGACAAAGGUUUUGUGUGAUCAAAGGAAAAUAAGCACAAGGAUACAAUAAAAUCAGAUAAUCUGGUUUAAAACUAUGACUUCUGCUUCAAACUUCCAAAUCACUCUUGGAUCUAAGGAAAGAAGUUAUACCCAAAUUUUCUUCCUCAAGACAACUUUUAUAAAGAAGAAAUAAUUGUUUUGCCUUAACAGAAAAUAUUGAAAGUUAAGCUUUGAA